AUGAUGAAUACACAAACCAAGACCGAUAAAACAUUAACUCCUGAAUAUUUGGAGUGGCAUGCUAAAUUAACUAGUUUACCAAGCAUUUUGACAGAUAAAAUUCGCUCCACAUUAUAUAAAAGAUAUAAGAAAAAAACUGGACUCGACCCUUGGAUAAACUCCGAAUCCUCUCAAAUCAAAAAGGAUACUGGUAAUUAUAUGAGUCAUGACUGUAUUACCAAGAUUUCUAAGUUUCCGGAUGAAAAAAGUAUAAUCCAUGAAGCAGUACAUAAACGUUUCCCUUUCUUGUCUUACACUAAUUCGAAUGCAUGGCAUCGAGAUGUAUUUAAAUAUACCGAUUCAGAAGCUAAAUGCCCUGUAUGCAAAGAGGUACAUACAGAUCGAGGUAUAUGGGGCGAUUGGAGCUGUCUCGGUAAAGAUGAUCACUAUUUUCUUAAUUGCCCUUUUCGUAUCGAUCAAAAGAAAGUUAUAAUCGCUAUACAGAGCUUACCAGAAAUUCAAGUAAGCGUGCCAAACAAAACCCGCCUUUAUCAGCCAGAGGCAGGCUUACACCAAUAUGCCAUCGAACAUGGAAUAAAUCCCAAAGAAUUUUCAAUCAUUACAGAGACUGAGAAAAAUAGGUGGGCCAUGGGGUGUUUUCGUGGGGAUUUGGAAAGAGAUAUAC